GAGAGGCGCGUGUCUGACGUCACUGCGCGGCGCCGGAUGUGUGCGCUUCUGGAAGCCGGUUUUUCGGAUAGCGGCAGCUGACCUGGGCACCUGGAGCGGGACCGAGGCUCCACCUGGGGCGGCGGCGAGGGAGGGUGGCAGCGGGACAGGCGGAGUGAAGGGAAACCAUGCAGAAAUCAGAGUACCCUGGAGGUGUGCAGCUGAGAAACAGAGCGACAGGCAUUUAUGAUCAAAGGACAUCCUUAAGCUCACAAAUGAAAUGCAAAACUACAGUUCAGCGGAGCAAAUCCUCCUCAUUAACCAGUUCUCCAGAGGCUGCAAGGAGGGCUCAUCCUCGGCCAAGUGAUAAACUCAACCCUAAAACAAUUAACCCUUUCGGUGAGCAGUCUCGAGCCCCUUCUGCGUUCGCGGCUAUUUACUCUAAAGGUGGCAUUCCUUGCAGAUUGGUACAUGGCUCAGUAAAACACAGAUUACAGUGGGAAUGCCCUCCUGAAAUUCUUCCAUUUGACCCUCUUCUAAUUACAUUAGCGGAGGGCCUGAGGGAGACUAAGCAUCCUUAUACCUUUGUGUCAAAGGAGGGCUUUAGGGAGUUACUUCUGGUCAAGGGUGCUCCUGAGAAAGCUAUACCUUUGCUGCCUAGACUGAUCCCUGUGCUGAAGGCAGCUCUGGUUCAUUCUGACGAUGAAGUGUUUGAAAGAGGACUGAAUGCACUUGUGCAGCUGAGUGUGGUUGUUGGCCCAUCUCUGAAUGGCCAUCUGAAACUUCUGCUUACAAGUCUUUCCAAGAGGCUAAUGGACAAAAAAUUCAAAGAGCCCAUCACCAGUGCCUUGCAAAAGCUGGAGCAGCACGGCGGGAGUGGAAGUCUUAUCAUCAUCAAAUCCAAAAUCCCAACAUAUUGCUCUGUCUGCUGUUGAAUAAAGGAACCAACAAAAGCCAUGCUGCUUCCUCAGGCACUGACAGUGGCUGCCUGGACCUUGCCUCAAUUCAGAUCACUGACUCAUAGUACCAUUCAUUCAUUAACUAGGUUACGAGGACCAUGUCAAGUCCAGGGGAAUCAUCGACCAAGCUUUUGUCAACAAAAAGCACAGGUGCUAUAAGGCAAUUAAAAUAGCUUGUAUAAAAGUUGAGUUCAAUGGGAGUUUCUUUUUUUUUUUUUAAGAGGGUAGCAUCCCUCUUAAAUUAAAUCCCUAUUUAAUGUUUCUUUUUUUUAUUUAUUUUUUAUUAUAAUUGAUUCACUUUGUAUCCCAGCUGUAGCCCUCUCCCUCGUCCCCUCCCAAUCUUACCAUCCUUCCCUCAUCUCCCCCCAUGCCCCUCUCCAAGUCCACGGAUAGGGGAGGUCCUCUUCCCCUUCUCUCUGUCCAAAGUUUGGCUAGGUUCCAGCCUCUGCUUUGAUACAAUGCUGGGUAGAGUCUUUGUGUAGGCUCCUGUGGUAGGCUUCUGUCCUGUUCCCUGUUUCCUCCCUCUUCUGAUGUCCAUCCCGUUUGCCUUUCUGAAAGAGGAUCUGUGGGAGUUUCUUGUCUUUGUCAUUUGUGUUAGUUUACAAAUCAUACCUAUGUGUGUAUAUUCAAACACAUUUUUACUUAGAGCUUGUCUGAAGAUCACAUUGUAGCUGUGCCCUUAUUAUGUAGCUUGAUUUUGGCCAUUUCUUUGUUUUCAUAUUAUCGAGACUGAAAAAUUUAAUAUAGCAAGUGAACAUUUGUGGCUUCACUAUUAGCUGGGAUGUGUAAAUGUGUAUUUUAUAAUUGGAAUGCUUGGGAACAUUUCUUUCCUGAAUAUUCUAGUUUAAAAAAUAACUGUUUUAAAUGUGAAAAUUCUAUUACAAGUGUGUUGUUUGUUACAACUUUUUAAUACUACCUAAACUUUAGGUAUUAUUUGUAUUUAACUAAAUGUUAUUUUUGUAUUUUUUAGCAUGAAAAUAUAUAUACAGAUAUUCAGAAAUUAAAAUCUUAAAACUUC